AUGGAUGGACUGUCUCCGCGCCAGGGAAGCGCCGAGUUCGUGGAGUUGCCGGAUAAUACACCAGACGUGGGAGAGACGGCAGGGGACGCUAGACUGCCGCCAACUCCCUGGGACGGCCGUCUGACUGCUUCGGUCGAAUCCUUCCCCGCCUCUGUCAGUGGGGGUAUUUUCUUUUCGGACUCGCAUUCCAUCUGGAGGGCAAGAACGCACAAGACUCCCGCCAGCACUUCGCCCUCCUGCUCAGAGCUUCCUCCCGCGCUUCACGAUGAGGCUUUGGCUGGCGGCACAGCUGUUUCGCACGUGCCAGCACCCGCCGCUACGGUGCUGGCACUGCCGAGAGACGACAGAGAUCCUCCCUCGACAAGGCCCUGCGGGGGACGAGGGGAGCCUCGAAACCACAGAAAAAGCGCAACGCAAGGUUUGCUGCAAAGGCUUCUCCUGGACGUGCCUCUUGGACCAGGAGGUGAGCAAGACGAAGAGGCACCGCCUCAGCAAGCACGACACCCCCAGUCCUGCCCUGACUUGCAGGGACUGCAGGGGCCCCCAGGAUCGACAAAACGCUUGCUGGAGGAGCUCAUGCAGAAGGUUCCGUGGACGUCUCGAGGCAGGGAGGGGUGUCUUUGCAACAAAACGAGAGCCGGCACUCUCCUGACUCUAGGCUGUAGCAAAGCCACCUCCUGUCUGAUUCCAAGAUCUUCCUUGAACCUCACUCUUCCAGGGCGAGGAGGCCAGCCUCUCUUCACCGAGGAGCCCCUUCAAUGCUCCUCCCCGCCCGAUGAGGCCACGAUCCCCCGCUGCACUUCUUCUCCCGCUGCAGCGAGGGGUUUCCGCCGUCCGUGCGCCCCUUCGGCAUCCUCCAGCACGCGAGGGGUUCUCCGUGGCGGUGUUCCUCUCAAGGCUUGGGAGGAGGAACCGAAGGGUGGUCAACAGGAAGUAGCUGGCACGGAGAGAGGGCUUCUCGAUGAGCAGGCGCAUCGUGGGGUAGCCUUCGAGGGGCAGCCCAAAUGCAGGGGGCUCUCUGCGUUGCUCCAAGGCGGCGCGGAGGUACCAGAACAGACGGAUCCGCAUGCAACAGAAGCGACAUCGGGAAAGGCCACAGCGGAGACUGGAGUGCCCUCCAACCGAGGGGACGCAAGCCUGCUGGCAGAAGGGGGGAACCCACAUGGACUAGACUGGUGCAACAGUGGGGUGAUAGCCGGUCUCAGCACUCGUGCCGCGAAGCUCCUUGGGCAGACCCCCAGUUGCCAGGCAGCUGUAACCUCGCGCGCGGCUCUCUUGGAGGCGUUGCAAAAGUAUCCAGGUGACUGCCCUGAAGCGACGCGGAAAGCCGCGGAGUUUCUGGCAGAGAUCGCAGUCUUGCCAAGCGACGAGUCUCGAGGAGCGCCAUCAAGGAGGCUGGAAUGCACCGAACCAACUGCGCCCCCUGAUCCAGCCCAGAUUGCGACGCUUUUUGAUUUUUUAGGGGCCGACGUAGAGCACUGUCUCCGUGAAGGCCCCUCACAGGUUCUAGGUGCUGCCCUGGCAGCACAGGAUGCCCUUGCGCUGGAGUACCAGAGCCUGUUAGAUAAACUGCCCAGUGUUGAGUCUCCCGAAGGGCUCUCUCACGACAUGCCUUCCACGACGGUUCAUUCGACUUCAGAGAUCUAUGCGCAGGCGCUUAAGAAAGCCUGCCACUCCGCUUUGCAGAGGGCACUAAAAGCUUCAAGAGCCACGGCAGCACUGCAGCUCGCAGAUGAAGAAAGAAUCCGUCUUCUUUGUCGAUAUGAAGAGCAGAUGCAGCGGCCGCUCCGCACGGAAGCGGAGACGCCACACUGUUCCCUCCUGUCCCACGAUGCUGAUACCCCCCCCAAAGAGACCCUCCGCAGCCGCUUUACAAGAGAUCGCAAGGCCUCCUCCAAUCGUCCUCCAGCCACCAUGGUGGUAGAGCCUACACGACCCAUGGAAAACGGUCAAUCUUCCUGUCCUAGUCGGAGAGACUUGCUAAGUUGCAGUUCAAGGCCAAACCCAGUGCAGAAGACACCGUCUGCUCCGGAGUUUUUGUUGCCAAGUGACGACGCCUGCAGAAUUCGAGAUCGCGUGGCCUCUCCCAGCUGCUUGGAAAACGCCACCCAAGAGGCUGCGGCACUCAAGGCUUCCCGCAGGAGUCGGCUUUCGGGUGAAACGCACCAGAAAUCCAAUGAGGCGGAAGGGCCUCAAGCCACUUUCUCUCAGCUGCAGUUAACGGGGGACGCCGUGGAGGAUUUUGAAGCCAAUUUGCAACUGGUUUCGGCCUUCUUGAAUGAAUUCUCCACUUGGGAGUUCAGGUCGCCAACAGGUGGCGACCCAGAAAAACGUUUUCUCGAAGAGCUCCAGCAGGAGUUCGCGAGCAUCACGCAAGGUAAGUACCCCACUGGAAAACCAUUUGGCAAGAAAAGCAAAUGGGCGCGUUGUAUGUGUUCAGGUGGUGCCGAGGUGUCACUGCAGACUUUUCUAUCGCAGCAGCGACACGCUGCGCUCCAGAGUCUCCCCAAAGACAGGUCUUCCCCCGAACAGAUCAGGGCUUUACUGCAGACGGUUGCACAGCAAGCAGCAGCACGCCUGCCGCCUGUGGAGACUUUGCUUCAGAAACAGUCUCGAGCUGCCACUGGCAGCUUUCUCACACUAUCGAGCAGUAGUGGAGCAUGUGUGGCUCAGGUUACCACGCGUGUAGAUCUAUUGUUGAGACAGCCCCCAAGGAACGUGGACAAUGCAGGACCCUGCGAGAACAGCCAAGUAGGUAGCUGGUCAGAAGACGCGAAGAAUAGCCCAUCUUCAAAUACAUGCGAAGCGAAACCAUCGGUGCACUUGGGCCAUAGUUGGUCCUCUCCAGCUGAAAGAUCUGUAUCUCCAGAAAGUGCAGUAAUCCCCACUCUCGAGAAGUUAGAGGCGCUAGUAGACGCGAAGUUGGAAGAACUCAAGAAGUCAUGCGCCGAUUAUCUUAGGGAGGCAGCGCAGACCCUCGAAGACGUCAUGCAAGUAAAUGUCGUGCGCCUCCCACAGUAA